AACGUUAUUGAAGUCAGUGGCAUUACAUGAGCAUAAUGGAGAACAACACAAGCCAGUUCAGCAGCAGGGAUAGAUCAUGUGGUGGGGAGAGGUUAAUCAGAGGGGUGGUUGGCCACCUGGCUGGGUCUGGAGACCUAGGAGGAUGAGGGUAACAAUGACAGGAAUAUGUGACUAGCUAGAGACACAAUCUGUAGGUUUCGAGGGUUGUUUUUUUUUUUUUUUAAAUAUAAAGAACACUAUUGAGGAUGGCUCAAUCCCUAUUAGCCACUGGCUGGUAACUGAGACAUCUCUUUACCCUAAUCAGCUCAGAGAAAAUCUGCCACAUACCUGCCAACAUUGAAAGCUAUAAAUAUGUACAGCUGGGUGAAGACUGGGACCCACUUUAACUCACUGAAAUAUAUUGGGUUAGGAUGACUUUCUGAAAGGCAAGCGGUCCUGAUUUUCUUCGGUCUCAAACCUUGUGUUGUAAUUUUCACUUGUGUGAAGCAAGUGUAAAAAAUGCACCAGAUCACAAUGGUGGCCUUGACACCCACUUUGUGCAGACCGGGUAGACACUAGGCCAGGCAGUAGAAAAUAAAACUGAGAGUGAGGGGAAUUCAAAACUCGGCUGAAAAAUAGGGUUUUGUCAUUUCUAAACACCAUCAGCUGGCAUGCAGGCAUAGCUCAAUAUGAAAGAAGCCCUUAUUAUGGAUGUACUUUAAUAAUGCUGCAGAUGAAAACAAGCUGUUAGGCACUGUGGCCUGUAUCUUUAAAAAUGGUCCUUACUUGCCUCUGUUCCACUGUUGAUUUGCCAGGGUGUCUAGAUCCUUGGCCAUAAAUAACUGGGGUGACCAGCGUGCCUGGCACGCCGUGGUACUGAGCCCCCCAACUCAGGCUCAAGUCAAUGGGAGCUGCGGGUGUGCAACAUCUCUGGGAAUCAGGCCUCCUAGAAGUGUCCCCUAUGGGAGCCACCAGAAUUUAGAGACAGCCAGAAUUAGCGGCUACUAUUAAAGUAGGUUGUUCCCUACUAAACUACCUGACCGUGGGGACUGAUCUAAAGCCCGGUUUUCAGACCAGGGUGGGGCCCCGUUCGACCUGUCGCCCCCCCCUCCCCCCAGCUGGGAGGUGCAGGUUGCCCCCUGGAAACACAUCCACCAGCUGGCAGAGAGGCAGCACUACAAUUCCCAGCAAUCACUGCGCACGCCCCUCUCUUUCCCCCCUUCUGCUUUCGUCUCCUGCCUCCCUCUCAGCUCUGGUGUCUGCGCUGCGGCUGCGGCUGCGGCUGCUGCCAGGCGAAGCGGGAGUCCCGAGGCGAACGCCGGGCUGGAGCUGCUAGCGCCUCUGGGCUUCAGCGGCGUGAGCAAGGCGGGCUAGGUCCUGCAAGCAACCCCCCAGCUCGCAGCAGCGGCUUUCAGCUGCAGGAGUGGAAGCCCCCUUAGCCCUUCCACGCCUCCCCUUGGCUGGAGAGAAGCGGCGAAUGAAGUGAGGAUGGUUAUCCGGCUGUUCAUCGCAUCCUCCUCUGGCUCGGUGGCGAUAAAGAAGAGACAGCAAGAUGUGAUACGAUUUCUGGAAGCCAACAGGAUAGAUUUUGAAGAGGUGGAUAUCACAAUGUCGGAGGAACAAAGACAAUGGAUGUAUAAAAAUAUUCCUGAGGAAAGACAGCCUGCACAGGGCAAUCCGCUGCCACCCCAGAUAUUUAAUGAUGAUCAGUACUGUGGAGAUUAUGAUUGCUUUUUUGAAGCAAAGGAAAGCAACACUGUCUUCUCCUUUCUAGGGCUGAAACCUAGGUUGGCAUCAAAGGAGUCAGAACCCUAGAAAAAUUCUUUGAAGAUUCAACAAGCACAUCUCCUGGAUGAAAAACUUUGUUGUUCAGCACAUGACUGCUUCCCCAAUGGAUCACUGUGAUAAAAAGCCAAUGUGAAUAAUCAAUAUUUUGCUUGCCACGGAAGAGGUGCUUUCCAAAGGUGUGAAAUUAAUGUGUACACAAAAUGGGAUAAAGGGUGAGAUGAUACUCCUUUUUAAAAAAUGCCCAUUCUUGAUGUUUCACAUCUGUCUAUGGAUUACAUUUUCACUGGCUUUGGUAUUCUAGCAAAUAAUCUAUUUAACUCUGAAGAUGGGUGGAUGUUGAGGAAUGGAAGUGUAAAAUCUGUAUUAGCAUUGAAGGGGAUCUGGCAAGUAUGUGAAUCCUUUAUAAAUCUUCAGCUACUGCAGGCUGGAUAAAAUUAGUUUAUCAUGAGCGUUAUAAUUUUGAUGGUUAAUAGAACGUGAUGCUAGUUACGAUACAGAAGAUGAAAAACAGCAUGAAGAACUUGGUCUAUGCCAAAAACUGCAGAUUUCUGCUCAGUAUAUUUACUGUGCUGUCUAUGCUAGAACAUGUGUAUUGCAAUAUGUGUGGGCUACUAAGCUCUUUCAUAAAAAAAAAACAAAAAACCCACCACCCUAAAUGAUUCAUAUCAAAAAUUCACAUGACGAUUGGCUGUUAUAAAAACAGUGGUUAAUGGGGAGGAGGAGAGAACUCAAACUGAUGCUGUCUUGACAUCCAUGGGUUCCCCCCUCUCCCCCCACUGCAAUAAAAUUGUUCUGUUGAUGUGUUUGCCAACAAAAUAAUUGUUUUCAAGGACACUUUAAUGUGAGAGGUAUGUGUCAAACUUGUGCGUAUAGCAGUUGAAGAGACCUCAUAUGAAGCCAUUACAUAAUAUCUGUUGUUUGGGUGUGACUUUCCACCUCAAAUUUUAGAGCUCAUCAUUUGGCUGUUUUAAAAGAUUUCUAAAGUUAUGGAUCUAAUUCUGCUUCCCUUAAUCAAUUUGAAUAGAAUUAAACUCCACCGUUAGCCCCAUUGAUGUUGGUGGAACUACUCCUAGAGGUAGGGCUCGAUCUUGCAAAUAACUUAAACACAGCAGUAGUCCUCAUGACUUGAAGGUGAAAUCUGUUAAAGACAAUGGGAUUGCUCACAUGCUUAAAAGUAAGCCGGUGUAUACAUGCUUUACUGGAUAAGGACACAGUGUUUGACCCCUUGCAGGAUCGAAGGAUCAGUUACUAUUCAAUGUGAAUAAGGGAAGCAGAAACUGCCCCUGAGGAUUACCCUGAUGUAGCAGAGCUCAGUUUGGCCCUGUAUGACUUUAACCAUUUUUAAAAAAUUGAAAUUGAGAGUUGGCAGUUUAGCAAAUGGAUUGUCUGUAAUCUAGUCUAAUUGCAUUUAGGAAUGGGAAUCCCUUUACCCAGUUAAAAUAACAGCUAUUGAACUUCAUAAUGUUGCUUCUGCUCAACCAUGGGAGCUUUCUUCCAAAACAGUUUGAUGGUCAUUUGACUGUGAUAUUCCAGUAAGUAUUCUGGCUUCACCGGGCAAAUGGCAUAUGGUCAGGUGUGAAUAAAGAGGCACAGGGAUAAUUCUGCAGGACUGACAUCCAUAGCUCUGUCAACUGUUACUGCUUUGUGAAGAGAGGUGAUUUCCCUUCACUUAAUUAGCAUUGUCUCAAUUUACACAUACUCCACUCAGAACUCUACUGGUUGUGUUUGUAUUAAAAAGAAAAUGCUAAAAAGUACAUGAGAGGAAUUUUGUGAACCAGAUUCUGCUUUUGAUCUUCUCAUGCUGCUCCUACUGAAGUAAAAGGAGCCACACACGUAGGCUGAGCAGAAUUUGGUUCCGGUGUUAUAUUUUCAUCAGCCCCUGCUCUGGAUUCCUCUCCUGGGGGUGCUGUAGCCAAGAUUUUCAAAUAGAAAUAUAUUUUUUAAAACGUUAAUAUGUUGCCUAUGAUAAAAGUUGUGUUUGUAGUUUUAUAAUCACAUAUUUUAUGUGGUCUUAACUUCACUGUACAAAUGGAUUUGGCAAAUUGAAUCUGAAACAGAGAUCCAUUUUGUUAAAGUUAACAAGUUCUGGACAACUGUUCUUAAUCUGAGUGCAAGAAAGUUUCAUCCCCUUGCAAUGUUAAGUAAACGUAAUUUACAUAGUUACACAGUAAACUAGAAAGAAGCCAUCCUGGAUUUAGCACAUACUUGAUAUGUUGUACAUUUAGAGAAUUACCUAAGGUCCCAAUUCUGAGGAAGUUUAUGCACAUGUUUUAACAUCACUGGGUGAAAUCCCAGCCCCAUUAAAGUCAAUGGCAAAACUUCUAUUGAUUUCACUGAGGCCAGAAUUUCACUCAUUGAGUUUAACAGAACUCCUCCUGUGUUUAAAUGUCCACAGGUUUUAGGUCUAAAAUUAUAAUUGAACAGAAAACCAGUACCAUCACUGUAAGGUAAAAGGGCUUCUUUAAAAAGAUUAGUGUGGACACUAUUUAUUUGGAAGACAAGAAUAGCUCCAAAGAUGUCCAUUUUGCUUGCACAGAUUGGCAUUAUAAACCCGUUUAGAGAAGUAAUUUUCUUUAGAUUUUUUUUAAAACUGUAAGUUUCUUGAAUUUGAGUUUUUUCAUUGGGUUACAGCCUUAUUUUUUAAUUAUUAUGUAGCCUUUUAGUUUGUUACAAAAAUUGACUUGGAUUUCUUUUUAACCAGCUUUAUAGUUAUGAAAUUUGUUUAAAAAGUAGAACGCUUUGUUGAAGGCAGAUGCAGUAGCUGAAACAAAUGCCAAGUUAUUUAAUUUGAUGUAACUUUUUAUGCUAUUUUAAAAAAGAAACAAUGGGCUAGAAUCUGACCCGAUACCAGUAGUUACCCCAGUUUAAACACAGGGAGAAAAUCAAAAUCAGGUCUAAUGUGAAUUAAACCUCAAAACUGUGUAUACAGCUAAAGCUGCCAUUAAGGAAAUGGGAAUUUGGUUGUGCAAGGAAUGGUAGAUCAGGCUUGAAAGUCAAAUUCUAUCCUCUGAUGUGUGUGAAUGAUUCCUGUGCACUUCAGUGAGAGACCUUGUGUAUACACCAAGGCAAGAAUCUGGCCCUUUUGCUUUGGCUACCUUGUAAAAACUCUGUGCCAUCCACUUCACUAGCAAUCACUUUACUAGCAUACUGCAAUCAAGAGAAAAUGUUUGAACUGGGAGGGUGUGCACACAGCCGCUGUACCAGUGGUUUUAAUAGGUAUGUUUGUUGUAUUGUAACAAAUGAGAGGUGCCACAAAGCACUGGAGAGUGCCUUGGCUGAAGUAGGACUGUUACUACAGAGCCUUAUUAUAUAUAUCUUGAGUUUUGGUUCCAAGAAUAAGAACAUACACACAAUUUUAAUAGGGUUGAAUCAGACUGAUAAACUUUUAAACAUCUUGUACUUUCUUUUAAUUUAAAGAGUAAAACAUUUAAAAAUAACCUUGCUUUUGAUGAUUCACAUCGAAGUCCAAGACUUUGAAAAAUAGGAGCCUAAGUUAAGCUCCUGAAUCUACUUUUAAUGUAAAAUGAAUUACCUGCUCACAUUAGAGUCACUGGGAGCGGCUAAGCAUUUAGCAGUUCAUAGAAUCAGGUCAUUUUGUUUGGGGGAGUCUAAUUUUUUGACAAGAUUUUAAAAAAUAGGGGCCUAAGAUUUGUUAGUGGCAACAGAACUGCUUUAACUAUUGUUUUCAGCUGGUAGUGACAGAGAUGGUUUGAGUUAACAAUAAAGACUCUUAAAGAUUGUUGUUAGAUGUUACAUUUCUGGGGUGCUGGUUUUUCUUAUUUUAUCCUUGACUUACUUAGCCAGGAAGUGCCAAAUCCUGCUCGUCUUACUUGCUUGACUAGUCCCACUGAUUUCAUUAGAACUAUUUGCAUGAGCAAUGCAAGGAGGAUUUGGCCUGUGAUUAUUUUCUUGUGUCUAGAAUAAAAAUAGUAGAAAUUGGAAAGAGAGAAAAAGCCUAAUAGAUCAGCUAGAGCAUUCCCUGGCCUUGUGGAUUCUACCACUACAUAAAGUUUGUAGUUCAAACUGUUCCUGUAACAUUCCUUGACAUCACAAAUGCAGAAUUGAUGCUCCCUUUGGUAGCAUAAAUGUUCUACAUGGGUUUGGGGAGGGAGGGGGAGUACAAUUUGAGCACAUUCUAGACAGUCUACAUUUUUUUUUAAUUAUCUUAAUUAAAUUAUAUACUACACCAUCUCAUAAAUAAUGGCUGAAUUCAAGGAAAUCAUCAGGACCCUGCAGUAAAAUAUGCCAAAGAAAUCAGUGAAAUAACACAGUUAAUUCACACAUUACUAGUCUGCCUGAAUCAGCCCAUGAUGGAGGAGCAUCGCAGUACUGUCAUAGCUUCCAGCAGAAGGAUGAGGCCUGUCCUGCAAGAGUCUGAGCACCCUCUAUUCCUAUUGCCUUACAAGGUAACCACAAUGUCCCGAAUACCUUCAGGAUCAAGACCUAGCCCCAGAGUGUAAAAUAGGAGCAAUUCAUUAGCUUGUGGUGUUUAUUUUAAGUACUGGAUUAGUUAGUAGGAGUGCCAAGAGAGUUGGGCAGAUCUUCAGUUGGUGUCAAUGGUCAUAGCUCCAUUGAAGCCUGUGGAACUAUGACAGUUGAUACCCUCUGAAGAUCUGCACCCAUGUUCUAAAUUUUCAUAAGUGGUGGGGUGUGUUUUUCAUAUCUAUAUUUAAUGUAUAAAACUAGGUUUCCUUAUCUGAAAUAAAUGUAACCUACUGUUUGACUGGGGCACUUUCUGGUGUUCCCUAUAAGGUAUUAGGCUAAAUGAGUCUAAAUUGGUGUAAUUUUCUCUGUAAGAGGCUGACAAAAGGCACAAGUUACAUCAUUUGCAGCUCCCUUAGAGCCAUUCUCUACCAUGCAAUUUACACCCCCUUACUCUCCUCCAAAAUUGGCUCAUUAUCUUUGGCAUAAACAUUGCCAUGAACGCAGUACCAGUUUGUAGAUUCCUCUAUCCAGUGUAGAGAGGUAUUACCAUCGGAUAAGGGAAAUAAGAGGUCUCAGGCACACAGGGAAGUCAAGUGUACAAAGUAAAUGCUAUUCAUACAGUAAAAUGGGCCAGUUCCUCAACUGGUGUAAGCCAGGAUAACUCCCCUGAAGUAAAUGGAGCUUUAUCAACUUACACUAGCUGAGGAUUUGGACUGGAGCAAGUACGUCUAAAUAGCAAGACUGGAAGGAGGUUGUGAUUCAGUAUAUCAGAUUUGCUGUGUCAAAUACCACUGGACAGAAACAACUAGAUUUUGCUGAAGGGAUGGAAAUUAUUCUAGGUUUGCAGAGUAGCUUGACCAGAUGUCCUCUUAUUUCCACAUGUAGUAUCCUUUCUUCCAUUUAACAUAUGCAUGCUUUCAAAUCAUAAACCUAUUAAAAUAUAAUUCUGUACAGAGGUGCCAUGCAUUGAAUUCAUUUAGCUUAAUCAUACCCUCAAUAUCCUGAACAUUGUGUGUGCUCUCCAGGGCAUGUGCACAAAGGGUGUCUAAUACCUUUACAUUAUGCCUGUAGAAAGCUUUUUCUCCAGGACAGGGCUGACAGUUCUCCUCAGUAUCCUCCAGGUGUUGACAAUUCAUUUUGUCUGUUGCACUCAUCAAAGAUUGACAUUGAAUAAAAAAUUCUUUCAUCAGCUGCAAUAUUUACACAAAAAUCUUUUAAAUAAAAGUAUCAGGUAGCAAAAUACUCAAUUCUUCUCAAAGUUUGUACUCCUUUUUAACUGGCUUCCCCAGUUCCUAUCUAGGUGGUGAGGGGUGUCUCCUGGACUGCAACUUUAGCUUUAUUUUCUAAGAUAAGUCAAUGGACGGACUCUUGAUGUUAACUUCAUGAGUAUUCAGUUAGACCCGUAGUGAAGUUAGAUUUUCAUUUAUUUAUGUUUGUCAUACAUGUAUAUUACAGUAAGAAACAUCUGAUACUUAUUUGGUGUUAUGGCUCUUAGCUUUAUUAUAAGCAAGUUACUUUCAUAAAUUGCUACCAGAGUACAUAAUUCAAGUCUACAGUGAAUUAACGCUACACAAUUUAAUAGAGCUAAAAUCAACAGGGUUCUACAGACCUUACUCUAAAGAUUGUCAUGAAAUGCCAUGUAUUUGUGUAUUUAUUUCAUAAACACCUAGAUACUAGCCAGAAAACAAAACCACUUAAAUUCUCACAUGAAAGAGAGGCAGAAGUGAAGGUCAGGAGCAAAACCCUGGUGAAACGCCUUCCAUCUCCCAGCUGCAGGAUUGUCCCAGAAGCUAGCAUGGGGGCUCCAUCCUUCAUAUUAGCCUCAGAUUACUUGGUGUCUGAUAAGUAUGAAGUCCCCAACUCCCAGAACUACAUCAGUUUCCAUUUGAAAUGUUAUUUCUACAAUGAUAAGUGAUAGAACCUUAAAUUGAUGUUGUCUUUUUUAAAAGAAAGCUUAAGUUCUGCAGUAAUGGCCCUCACGAUUACCAUGGAAAAUUUCCUUCUCUCUGCUAUGUGUACAGGUGUAUUUUUCAUGCCCUGCUCCAAGCUCAUAAAUAGGCAGUGAAAUAUACAGCACACUGAUUCUAGGGUAUAGCCUUCUCCAAAGCUUCUGCAAUUCCAAAUAUUUACCAUAAGCAGGUAAACAGUAGAUGCCAUCAUUAUAUAGCAUUAUACAUUUCUUAGAUGCUCUGGUUACGUUCUCCAGAAAUGAGGAAGAGCUCUCUGAAGCUCGAAAGCUUGUCCCAUCCACCAACAGAAGUUGGUCCAAAAAAGAGAUUAUCUCACCUACCUUGUCUCUGUCAUCAGACAUUAAUAUACUGGGCUUGACUGACCUCUCACUCAGUGGUGUAAAUCAGAAGUAAUUCCAUUGAAGUCUCUAGACUUCCACUAGUAUAAACUGAUGUGAAAAGACAAUCAGAGCCAGUAGUCUCUGUGUUUAAAGCAGCUUCCAGAAACCCAAAUGGGUUAACUUUGGGGAAAAAAAGGAUUAAAAGGUUAAUCCAGGUGACUAGGGGAGCCGUGGCUUUCGUAGAAAGGAACAUGAUUUAAGCAAUUUUCUCUCUGUUAUUUAGAUGUUUUAGUAAUCUGAAAAACAGAACUCGGUUUGCUUUUAGACAAGUCAUAGGAAAUCUUUGACUUGAGUUGAAAGCUUCUCUCUUUUUCGAACCGCAUCCUCUAAAAACUGCUGUAUAAUGUAGUGUGGUCUAGCAGUCAAUUUGUGAAAUACUGAGCUUUUACAGUUAAUUCUCUGGUAGUCUGUUCAAAACAAUCUUGAUUUAAAAAAUCAUGCUGUUGUCUAUUAAUUUAAGUUGUAGGAUUCUAUUGCAGGACUCUGCCUUCUGUUACUUGUAAGAACAGUGCUAUUUUACGGUUUCAAAGCACUUUUUAAAUUCAAAGGUAAAACUAGCACUUCUCAACAUCAGUCAAAUUAAAGAAUGAUUUCAAUCCUACAAAAAGAACAAGGAGUACUUGUGGCACCUUAGAGACUAACAAAUUUAUCUGAGCAUAAGCUUUUGUGAGCUACAGCUCACUU